AUGAGCAGUGAACUUGCGGAUUUUGACGGGGAUGAUGUAAAGCACACGGUGGUGUUAUCUCACGCGAUGGGGGUGGGGAUGGGCACCCACAGCGCCGUCGCCCUCGGCGGCUUUCAGGACUUUUGCUUGAAAACCGAACUCGCGAACGCGAUUCGCGAAAACGGCUUCGAGCACCCCUCCGAGGUCCAACAUCAGGCCCUCCCGCAGGCGAUGUUGGGGGCCGACAUCCUCGCGCAGGCCAAGUCGGGGAUGGGGAAGACCGCCGUCUUUGUGUUUGCGCUUUUGGAGCAAAUCGAGAAGGUCGCGGAGGGGCAAAAGUCGGGAUGCCAGGCGAUCGUCCUCGUCCACGCCCGGGAGUUGGCCUAUCAGAUUGAGCAGGAGUUCAAGCGCUUUAAUAAAUAUCUGCCCUACGCCACGACGGCUGUUUUUUUCGGCGGCGUUCUGGAGGAUGAGAACAUCAAACAAUUAAAGCGCGCGGUUCCGGCGAUCGCGGUGGGGACGCCGGGGCGGAUGAAGGCCCUGAUUCAGCGCAAGGCGUUGGAGGUUUCCCGAGUGAAGUGGUUUGUCGUGGAUGAGUUCGACCGCUGCCUGGAUGAUAUCAAAAUGCGGCGCGACGUGCAGGAGAUUUUCAUCAGUCUCCCGCGGGAAAAGCAGGUGAUGAUGUUUUCCGCCACCAUGACGGACGAGAUGCGCACCGUGGCGAAGAAAUUCAUGAACAACCCGACCGAGAUCUACGUGGAUCAGCGCGCCAAACUCACCUUACACGGCUUAUCCCAGUACUUUAUGAACCUGAACGAGGCGCAGAAGCUCCGCGCGCUUUGCGAUAUCCUCGACGCCGUCGAGUUCAAUCAGGCGAUCAUUUUCACCUCCUCGGUCGAGCGCUGUGAGGCGCUGAAUCGCCAAUUGCAGGUGCUCAAGUUCCCAUCCCAGGCGGUGCAUUCCCGCAUGGAUCAAAAAGACCGCCUGAGGGUCUACGAGGGCUGCAAAACAAACCACACGCGGGUGAUCGUCAGCACCGAUCUUUUCGGCCGCGGCGUCGAUAUCGACCGGAUUAACCUCGUCGUCCAAUUCGAUAUGGCCUCGGAUGCGGACAGCUACCUCCAUCGCGUCGGCCGCGCCGGGCGAUUCGGUACGAAAGGCCUCACCAUCGCCUUUAUCACCUCGGAGGAGAAGGAGAUUAAACGCGAAAGCCGUAAAUACACGGAUGCCGGCAUCAUGAAGGAAGUUCAGGACCGCUUUGAAAUGCAAGUCAAGGAGCUGACGGAUAUUAAAGCGCAGCUCAACGAGACCCAGUACAUGAACCAGUAG